AUGAUUAUCAGGUCAACAACUAUACGAAGGUCCUCACUAGUGAGGCUACUUAUACCAUCGACAAUUUUUCGUCACCCAUUUUCUUCCUCCACGUCAGCACACAACGAAUUCACACCAACAACUCAAGAACAUGUCACAUUCUUGCAACGAGCCACUGAGAAGCCAUUGUUUUCGAGAAAGACGUAUCUCAUGGAUAGCUACAAGCAUCUUAAUGAUACCAAUCAAAUCUUGUUAUUUGUGCAUCACAACAAUUUGAAUAAAGCCGAAAACAAGAAGAUCAGACAGGAUUUAACCAAGAUUGGAGGUGGUGCCAAGUUGACAAUGUUGAAGAACACGCUUUAUCAAACGUAUCUCAAAUCGAGUCAUGAAAACGACCCAGCUUGCAAGGGGAUGACAAAGAAGAACAAGAAGAGAUCUCAUCCUUUGUUGCCAUUAUUUGUUGGUCCUACAGCAUGUAUUAGUGUAUCUGAAUGUGAACCCUCCAAAGUGCAACAAAUACUCAAGCUUUUGAAGUCUAUGAACGAAAAAUUGAUUGUUGUUGGUGCCAAAGUAGAAAAGUCAUUUAUGAAUAGAUUACAGAUUGAUGAGUUUAAGGAUUUACCUAAUAAACAAGGCUUACAGGGGCAAUUAAUUGGUUUGUUGACAAUGUUGGGCGGUGUAGGAUUGGUCAGGACUUUGGAAACACCGGGACAUAUGGUUUACUUAACUAUGGAACAAAGAGCCAAAGAUCUUGAUCCAAGUAAGGAAUAG